AUGCAACGUUACGCUAAGGGGGAAGGAAGGAAGGAUGGUAACGACGCCGAUUCAACCUCCACAUUUCCAGAUGAAAUCCAUAAUCAAGAAAAUGGAAUCCAACCAACGGUCAACGUAGUAUAUCAAAUGUUACAUAGUACAGAACACAACCAAACCGAAUUGAAUUCAAUUUUAAAUGUGAACGAGUUGAAAGACACAAAGUGUUGUGAUUAUAAUUAUAAAAUGAAUGUGGUAGGUGAUACAGGUGCUACUAAAAUUACAGAAGUAAAAAACAAAAAUGAUAGAAUAAAACGAAUAGUGAAAAUGGAAAGAACGAAUGAUUUUAAUGAUGAUACUGAAAUAAGUACUACAACAUCAGUGGUUAAUCCAACGUUUAUUCAUGAGAAAAGAAGAAAACCGGGGGAGACCGGGUCCAGUGCACCACUUUUAAACUACAUUUUCGAUACAUACACAAAUACGCAUCAACACAGGAAUGGCAAGGUUAGCCCCGGCAAUAGUAUUUACGCUGCAGCUGCACCAGAGAUUGAAGCAUUGGUGGGAUCCACAGCUCACUUAGAUUGCAAGGUGGACAGCCUACAUGAUAAAUUGGUAUCAUGGGUUCGUAGGAAAAAUGAUGAAGAACCUAUGGAGCUUCUAACAACUGGUACUCAACAGUACACGGCAGAUGACAGGUAUUCUGCACGCUUCAUACCACCAGAUAUCUGGAGAUUAGAAGUUAAGGAAGUGAGACCUUCAGAUGCAGCCCACUAUGACUGUCAACUUUCAGCUCAUCCACCGAGAACUGCACGAGUCACGUUACACGUUCCAGAGGUAUCUGUGCGGAUAGUCGAUGGAGCCGGUGCAGAUGUAUCUGAACAGGUUUGUGAGAUCGGCAGCACUGUUGCUCUCCGCUGCGAAGUCAGAGAGGCUAUUCCAGAAUAUCAACGGAAAUUAGAUAACUGCAAAAAAAGAAUUGCCAGCAAAUCCUUGCACGAAUUCUAUAAAUUUUUUUAUCGUUAUUAUGAAUUACUUGAAGAACUCCGUAGCCGAUUGUUUCAAAUUGAAGCCUUUCUGAGUUCCCGAGUUCGAUUCCCUAUCCAUUCAAUGUAGAAAAACAUGUUAUCUAAUAUUUAAUACUUUCAGAAUUUACAAAAUCAGUGUAAGUAAAAAUAUUUUUUGUCUCAUUCAUCUUCCAAAUACGCAGCGUACGCACCGAAUUCGGUGCGAAUGGUGCCAACUCUGUCCUGCGAGUUGCCCGUGUCCGUGUCGACGACGCUGGCCGGUACACGUGUACUGUAG